AUGGGGAAAGACAAAAAAUACCAAUGCCUUCAAAAACGAAAAAAAUGGAACCGUUGCGUUUUACAGAAUGCAAGAGAAGCUCUAAGAUUGAAAAAGCUACAAGUUUCAAAUAAUAGUAAUGCUCCUAUAAGUAAUGGUCCCAAUGUUCAACAAACCGAUCCCUUCAACGAGAUCAAUGACCAAACUUUAGAUGACAAUGACCAAACAACAUUUCAAAAUGAUAACGGUAAAUCACCACAACAAAAUGUACAGUUUGAUGAAGAGAUUGAAGAGCGGAAUGAGGCGGAAGAAAUAUCCCUUACAAUAGAAAAAGAAAUAGAAGAUUCCGAAGUACCUAAUUAUGUCGUUCAGGGGCGGAGAGUGAUUGAUUUUGAAUAUUUUAUGACACAGUUAACUGCUAUUGAAUCACAUGGUGAUAAAUUCGGUUGUAGGCUGAGCAAUCUGAAAAUAGUUCAAGAAAAACAAACCGGACUCAAAUCGGUAUUUUCUUAUAAAUGUCGUAUGUGCGGUUUAAAAUUUGUACUUAACACUUGCGACGAUGAUGCUAUGAAACUCGACGUCAACGCUGGAGCAGUAUCUGGAGCAAUCGUGACCGGAAUUGGAUGGUCAAAUCUUAAUGAAAUCAAUGCCUCGAUGGAUUUACCAACUAUGUCGUUCAAUUUGUACAGCUCUACACACGACGAUGUUGCAGAAAUAUGGCGUAUAACUGCUGAGCAAACUAUGCAGAAAGCUGCCGAAGAUGAACGAGAAGCCGCAAUAAUACGGGGCGAUGUCAAUGAUGCAGGAAUAGCAAUGAUACCAGUAGAAGCAGACGCCUGUUGGAGUAAACGUUCAUACAGAACAAAUUACUCUGCUUUAUCUGGUGUGGCAGCCAUCGUUGGCGAACAUACCGGUAAAGUAUUGCAUGUUGGGGUACGUAAUCGGUAUUGCGUGAUAUGUGCACGUGCUCAAAAAAAAAAGGUUCCUCCUCGUGAACAUCAGUGCAGUAAAAAUCAUCAUGGGUCAGCCACAAGCAUGGAGUCAGCGAUAUUAGUAGAAGGUUUUAAAUGUUCAAUUGCAGAAAGAAAUUUAAUAUACAAAACUUUGAUAGCCGAUGGAGAUUCCAGCACCUACAAGAGUAUUCUUGAGAGUCGACCAUAUCCGGACGUACAUAUUGAAAAAAUAGAGUGCACUAAUCACCUGUUGCGAAACUAUAACGGUAAAAACAUGCAAUUGCAAAAAGAUACUUCGAUCCCAUUACGUGAACGCAAACUCCUAACAGAUGAUCGGCUUACAAGACUCCGUACAGCUAUUCGCUCGGCGAGCAAAUUCAGAAGAAACGAAAACAACUCCAUCGAAACUAAAAUUAAAAACUUACAAGUGGACAUCAUGAACAGUAUACGCCAUAUUUUUGGAGACCACGGGGACUGUGCUGAUUAUUAUUGCACGCAACAACGAAAAACUGAGCAAAAUUUAGUUCCACUCGUACCUUGUUUGCUGACAAAACUACAAAAGAACGCAUCGAAAUUGGCACUCCACUCUAGAAGUCUGUUAGCAAACUAUACUAACAACCGAGCUGAGCAAUUUAACAGCAUGAUUGCAAAAGUAGUAGGUGGCAAGAGGAUAAAUUACUCAUUGAAAAAUUCAUACAAAGCACGAUGCUAUGCUGCAAUUGUGGCUUUUAAUACCGGAAAAGCACAGCACACUUUGUAUAAAACACUUUGGAAUAAGAGUCCUGGACUAUCUUUGAAACGUGUGGAGGGAAAGAGACAUGCGCAAAACACGCUUCGCUCAGAGAAACCUAAGCGCUGUAGAAAAAAAAUCCUCUUCACCAAAACUGACGGGCACUACGGCCAGGAAUGCCAGCGCCCAGAUAUGGACCAAAAAGACUUUGAUCAGGCCAAAGAUCUUUUCUUGAACCAUUUAAAAAAACAGGCAGCUAACCGGUCCGAAAUAGAACGCAGCACUGUUCUACAGGCUGAAAGCGCAUUGUGGUUAGAAUUGAGGAGGUGCAUUCUAACAGCAUCGAUAUUUGCGAAAAUAUGCAAGAGACGCGCCAACCUGAAUUCGGCACCUUUGGUCAAAACAGUUUUAUAUAAUUAUGACUUGAGCCAUGUUCCUUCCAUAAAACAUGGAAAGGAGAAUGAAGGAGAGGCUCUGGCGCAACUUGCUGCACAAGAAAACAUAGUAAUUGAGAAAUGCGGGUUGUUUAUAGACAAAGACCACUGUUUUCUUGGUGCUUCUCCAGACGGCAUCUGCGAUGAAGGGGUAGUGGAAAUUAAAUGCCCAUUUUCCGCAUUUGGUGUCGACCCCAACGAUGCGAUUAAGAAUAAAAAAAUUAAGUGUUUCAAAACAGACAAAGCCGGGAACUUUGUCAUGGAUAUGAACCAUGAGUGGUUUUAUCAGAUUCAGGGACAACUGCAUAUUGCAAAUAAACCUAUUUGUGUAUUUGCAAUAUGGACUAGCCCUGAAUUCUCUAUGAAAGUUGUAAGAGUGCCCAAAAAUGACGAUUUCUGGGAACAGAAAAUGUUACCAAAAUUGACAAAAUUUUACCAUACUUGUGUCCUUCCAGAAAUAAUAGAUCCGAGAAAAUCACGUUCCAUGCCAAUCAGAGAAAUAAAACUCUAGAUAUAUUGUCUAAAUUGUCUUCGAUUACCGCUUACCGCGACACUUACACGACAUCAAAGUAGUUUUAACUAUAAAACUCCC